GUGGCCGCUCUAUCUCUCUGCUUCCCAGAACAAAGACGCCUUCGCAGCUCCCGCACCACCGCAGAGGAAAUUCGAACAGAUUUCUCCAUCCGACGCGACGAACGGCGAGAUGAUGCAAGUCAGCUGCCUCCAUUCCUCUACGGUCCAUUGAAACCCUAGAUCGCCUUACGUGCCUUCAUCUGAGUUGAAUUCCGAAGCUGUUUUUCGUUUUUAUUUUUAUUUCUUGUCUGAUCAGUUCGAAUAUUGAUCUCGAUCUGGAAAAUGGCGGAAUCGGUAAAUAAUUCGAAUCAGGCGAAACCAGAGUUGCUGUCAAACGGUCAUGUGGUGGAGCAUCCACUGAAGUACAAGCGGCGGAAAGUCUCGGCUGUCCGAGACUUCCCAUUUGGGUGCGGGCGGUUCGCCCCAAAAAUAAACCAAGCACAGAAAGAAUCCUCUGUCGCGGCUGUUGAGGUGGAGAGCAGUGGAGGUUUUGUGGGAGCUGUUGAUUCUGAAUCCCUUGAACCUUUGAAAUGUUUGGAUCAGAAUGGGUUGCCCAAAACGGCUGAGUCAGAAUUGCUCGAAUCGGCGAAAGCUUUGGAACCCAAAAUAAUGGAAUUGCAAAAGAGUUCAGAUCAGGCUGAGUUGGUCAAAUUGGCAGAAGCUUCAAUACCCAAAACUGUGGAAGUUUUGAACAGUCCAGGUGAGAGGAAAUUGGUUGGCACGUCAGAGAAUUUGAAACCUGAAACAUCAGAAUCGUUGAAAUCUUUGGCACCAGAAACCGUGGAGUUGCCAAAAAGUUUGGGUCAGCUUGAAUCGUUGGACGUGGUGGGAAGCAGCUGUCAGCCUGAACAGAUGGAAAUUCUGAGUAUUUCUGGUCAAAUAGAACCUUUGCGGUCACCAAAGGGUUCUGUUCAUCCUGGCCCGAAAAUUUCAGUUCAAAUUCAGUCGUCUACUUCUGUCGCCGAACCUGUGGAAGAGCGCCAAUAUAAGAAAUACCCUCCUCGAAGGAGAAUCUCUGCUAUCCGAGAUUUUCCGCCCGGGUGUGGGAGAAAUGCUCCACGUAUGAGUAAGGAAGAAUGCAUGAAACUUGUUGCUCUUUCUGGGAGCAAGAGCAUGGAUAAUGAGAAGGUGGUUGAAAGUCCGUCGAACGGAAUGGUGGGGACAGUCAAGACUGAAGACAUUGAUGGUAAAUUGAAGGGUAAUGACACCAAGCAAAUUGGUGAGAAAAUCCAAGUUGGGGAUGUUAUUGAGAGUAAGUCGAAGGGGAGUGUUAGCAAUGAGAUUGAUGGCAUAGUUAAAGGUAAGUCUGUCUCGAAGAGUAACACUUUUGAGGAUGGAGCCCAAGAUAUUAUUGACAAUAUUCAAGUUAAAGCAGCUUCGGGGAGUAAAUUGGAAGGGAAGGAUACAAAAGAAAUUUCUGAAAAAGUUAAGAUUAUAGCUGGCCAUGAGACAGCUUCCAGGGGUAAGUUGAAGGUGGAGGAUCCAGAAGAAAUUACUGAAGAAAUUCGUAUUAGAGCUGUUGCCCGUGAGGCAGCUUCCGGGGGUAAAUCAAAGGUGGAGAAUACAAAAGAAAUUGCUGAAGAAGUUCAUAUUAAAGCUGUUGCCCAUGAGGCAGCUUCCAAGAGUAAAUUAAAUGGAGAGCAUGCAAAAGAAAUUACCAAAAAUGUUCAGAGUAGAGCUGCCCACGAGACACCUUCUGGGAGUAAAUUGAAAGGAAAGCAUGCAAAAGAAAUUACUGAAAAAGUCGAGAUUAGAGCUGCACAUGAGACAGCUUCUGGUAGUAAAUCAAAAAGGGAGGGUACAAAGGAAAUUACCGAAAAACUUCAUAAUACAGCUGCCCAUGAGAAUAAGUUAUCUCGAUCAGGCACUCCAUCUCAAUCUGUGAAUGAAAAGGUUCGCAAAGAAGUUGGAAGUUCAGCGGCAAAGACAGGCAAGGAAUCAAUGAGGGAAAGCAAGGAUAAGAGCUCUAAGAGAAAGCUUAUGGCGGAACCAGAAGAGGAAAAUGCUGUGGAGAAUCAAUCUCAAAGAGAACAGACUACAGGUUCGGAAUUGCCUAGUGGUAGGGUGAUUGUGCAGGCUUUGAUGGCUGCACCUAACUGUCCAUGGAGGCAGGGGAAACGGCCUUCCAAGCACAUGCUCAGCUCCCGUUCCAGUGGGGGAAGAAACAAGCCAACAUCAGUUUUCAAGAAAAAGGAGGAUGGCAGUUCCUCGCGGAAUUCAGAAAGUUCGGAAGGAAGAAUGGCAAAGAAGAAAUCGCCUCCUACAGGAAACGCUGCUUCUCAAUGUAAAGAGAUUGUCAAUUAUGAUGAAGAUUCUUUACCAUACGAUGAUGAAGAAGAAGAUGAGAGCAUCCCUCUUGGUCAAGAAGUGAGCUUGAGUGUGAUACCGUUUGGUCUACCGAGUGCAAGUGAUAAAAGUGCCCGUAACAAAGUGAGAGAGACUCUCCGUCUAUUUCAAGCAAUUUGUCGCAAGCUUUUGCAAGAAGAGGAAGCAAAGUCAAAGGAGCAAGGGCAGACCACCAAACGGAUUGAUCUAACAGCUUCCACACUUCUCAAGGCAAAAAAUAAAUGGGUAAAUGCUGGUGAGGUAAUCUUGGGUAAUGUUCCCGGGGUCGAAAUCGGAGAUGAGUUCCGCUACAGGGUAGAGCUCGCUAUUAUCGGCCUACAUCGUCUGUUUCAGAGUGGUAUUGAUUACACGAAGAGAGGUGGAAUGAUUGUGGCCACUAGCAUUGUCGCUUCCGCUGGUUAUGCAGAUGACACGGACGGCACUGAUGUCCUGAUAUAUUCUGGCCAGGGAGGAAAUCCUAGGGGUGGAGAUAAGCAACCUGAAGAUCAGAAACUCGAGCGUGGAAACCUGGCGCUGAAAAACAGUAUUGAUUCCGAAACGCCGGUCCGGGUGAUUCGUGGAUUUAAAGAACAUAAAGGCAAUGAUUCCCAGGAUACCCGUGGAAGGACAGUCACGACAUUCACGUAUGAUGGGCUGUAUAUGGUUGAGAAAUAUUGGCGACAAGCACACCAUGGCCUUUUGGUUUUCAAAUUUCAGUUGAGAAGAAUACCAGGGCAACCAGAGCUCGCUGUGAAAGAAGUCAAGAAGUCGAAAAAAUCGACAGUGCGUGAAGGCCUCUGUGUGGUGGAUAUUUCUGAAGGAAAGGAGAAGAUCCCCAUCUGCGCUGUGAAUACUAUUGACGACAAACGCCCACCACAGUUCAAUUACAUAACCAAGAUGAUCUAUCCUUCGUGGUACGACCCAAUUCCUCCAAGGGGCUGUGAGUGUAGCGAUGGAUGCUUGGAUUCUGAAAAAUGCUUUUGUGCGGUUAAGAAUGGAGGGGAGAUUCCUUUCAACUAUAACGGUGCUAUUGUAGAAGCAAAGCCCCUUGUCUAUGAGUGUGGCCCAUCUUGCAAAUGCCCACCAUCUUGCUAUAACCGCGUCAGUCAGCAUGGUAUCCGAUUCCAACUAGAGAUCUUCAAGACCAAAUUGAGGGGUUGGGGAGUCAGAUCCCUAACAUCUAUUCCAUCUGGCAGUUUCAUUUGUGAGUACACGGGAGAGCUGCUUCAGGACAAAGAAGCUGAACAGAGGACGGGCAAUGACGAAUAUCUGUUUGAUAUUGGGCACAACUACAGUGACCAUUCGCUUUGGGAUGGCCUCUCGAAUCUCAUCCCUGACUUACAAUCAAAUGCUUCGUGUGAAGUCGUGGAAGACGUGGGCUUCACUAUCGAUGCAGCUCAGCACGGCAGUGUGGGAAGAUUUAUCAAUCACAGCUGUUCUCCUAACCUUUAUGCGCAGAAUGUUCUUUAUGACCACGAUGACAAGAGAAUGCCUCACAUAAUGUUUUUUGCUGCCGAGAACAUUCCUCCCUUACAGGAGCUGACGUACCACUACAAUUAUACAAUUGACCAAGUUCGUGAUUCCGAUGGCAAUAUAAAGAAGAAGAAUUGCUACUGUGGGUCCCAUGAGUGCACUGGUAGGCUGUAUUGAGAGUCUGAGACUUUGUACUGAAGUUAUGGUGGUACCUGUGUAAACUUGUUGAGAGAUUUGGGUUGUGCAUUAUGAGUUUUUAUGGGGGAAGAUCAUCAGCUAGUUGUGCA